GUUCAGCACAUGGUCACACUGAUGACUUGAAAAAAAAACAUAGUGACCGGAAUUAAGCUCAUCACAUUAGUUUUUCCCAUAAAUUAACUUACAAAAUCACACAAUGAGCUGUCCAGGAUUUGGGGAACUGAACAUACCCUCGUCACGCGCCUUUUGGGACGACUGCGAGGAGGAUGAGCUGGAGAACCUGAAGCCGGUCGAGAAGCUGCAGCUUAAAUUCGAUGACGAAUCGGCUGCCCCAGGAGUUCCCCUGGAGAGUGAUCUUUUGCUGGUUAUUGAGGGCGUCCAUGUCACCCACUUCGGCACCUCUGUGCUGGGCAAGGAUUCAAAGCGGGUUUGCGGCAUUCCUGCCAAGACCUCGUCCCUUCACUGGAAUCCUUCGACCAAGCAGCUGCUAGCCGUCCUGGAGGAGGACCUGACCAGCAGCGGCGAGGUCACUGAGCUUCUGCUGCCCUACGCCAAACUGGCCAAGAAAGUAAUCACGCUGACGCUGAAGCCAAAGGUCGAGUUCAAGAGCGAAAAUAUCCAGUUUUACCGGGAUCACAUAGCCAUUGUGCGAGGUGUAGGUGUCAACCAGAAGGAUGUCACCGAACUAGAGGCUCCCAAUUUCAUUGCCGGAGUGGCAGCGGGCGUUGCCAGUUGGAGGGAUCAGGAGGAGUUGCCCGUGAGCUCAUUCGUUAUCUAUACCGACAAGUUGCCCCUGGACUCCACGGCCGCCCAGCCAGUGAUCAAAUUGCUUCAGAGCGUAGGCGUGUCGUGCAGCUCCGGCUACAUCCCACCGCGUAAGGAGAACUCCUAUCUGUACAUGUGAAACUACUUUCGGCUGUGUUCUUCCUAGUUUUAAUGCUUGUAAAAAUGUUGCGGUUGCGGAAUAAAAAAAACGAACUACUUUAGUACUUCAAA